ACCUGCCACUGGCUCUCCCCGCCACUCAGUGUAGGGCUUCCAGGGGAGGUAGUAGUGCGCGUGCCGUCACCUGAAUAUUGUGAGGGGGACAGCCAGGGACACCAUGGACGUCGGGGUGAGGAAUAGGAAGAACAAGGCCUCCCCCAAGAGCGGGAAGAAGACGAAGGCAGCAGAGGGAGGCCAAACCCACCCAGCUGACACUGACGCCCUUAAGAGGAGCAUUGAGAAGCUACAGCACCUCAAUGAGAACAUCAAUAGGGAUUCUGGGGAUGGUGAGUCUGCCCCUGAUACCCCUCCACCAGAGACUGCCCCAGAUAGCUCCCCGCCCUCCACACCCACUACCUCCCCCGAUGACUUCCCGGACAAGAAGGUACAAUCCAGCCCCAAAGCCACCAGGUCUUCCCAGCAAAAGAAGGCAAGGAACAGUGCCAAAGCCUCACAAGACACUCAACCGCCCCUGAAACUCAGUCUGCACGUGGAUGGAAUGUCCGUGACUCUCUUCGUCGUGUCCUUCCUCACAAGAAUCUGGCGGCUGGACUCUCCCAGGGGCAUUGUGUUUGACGAACUUCACUAUGGGAAGUACGCUGGUUUAUAUAUGCAAAACACUUUCUUCUUUGAUUCCCAGCCACCUCUUGGAAAGCAGCUGAUAGCUUUUGCAGCUUACCUAGCUGGCUUUGAUGGAGGCUUCAAGUUUGAGCGGAUUGGCACUCCAUAUGAUGCCAUGGUGCCAGUGGCAGCUAUGAGGAUGGUGCCAGCUUUCUUUGGCUCCCUCUUGAUGCCGACUGUUUACAAUCUGAUGGUAGAGCUUGGCCUGUCACACUACACUGGGGCUCUUGCUGCAUUCCUCAUGAUUUUUGACAAUGCGUUGUUGGCACAGUCCCGAUACAUCCUGAUGGAGGGCAUCCUUCUUUUCUUUGGCCUCUUUGGUCUCCUGUGCAUCCUCAAAUUCCGUCGCUUCUACAGUCGCCCAUACAGCCUGCCUUGGUUUGGUUGUCUCAUCCUUGGGGCUGCCUCCCUCACGGCCUGUGUCUGUGUGCGAUACUUUGGUAUUUUCACAAUGUUGCUGGGAAUCGGCAUCCUAGUGCGGGACUUUUGGGAGAUGGUUGGUGAUCGUAUGCUGUCUGAGCGGCAGCUGCUGGGACACCUGGUGACUCGUGCUGUCAUCUUCACCACCAUACCUGUGGCUCUGUAUCUCAGCUGCUUUUAUGUCCACCUCACCUUGCUGUACAAAGCUGGGCCAAAUGAUAACAUUAUGACCUCAGCAUUCCAAGCCAGUUUAGAGGGCGGCCUGGCAUCCAUCAUUUCCAACCAGCCGGUCAAGGUGGUGCAUGGGUCACAGAUCACGCUGCGCCAUACCCAUGGCCGCACCUGCUGGCUGCACUCCCACGACGCUGUGUAUCCAGUGAAGUAUGCAGAUAACCGAGGCUCCUCGCACCAGCAGCAGGUGACGUGCUACAGCUACAAGGAUGUCAAUAACUGGUGGAUUGUGAAAAAGCCUGAAAAGGAGGAGAUGGUGGUGACGGAGCCCCAUGAACCCAUCAGGCAUGGGGACGUCAUCCAGCUGGUGCAUGGCCUCAGCUCUCGUGCCCUCAAUGCUCAUGAUGUUGCUGCCCCCAUGUCCCCUCACAACCAGGAGGUGGCUGCAUACAUUGAUUAUAAUGUAUCAAUGCCGGCCCAGACCUUUUGGUAUGUUGAUCUGCUCAAUGCAGAUGCUACAGAAGGCAACUGGCAUGCAGUGGAGAGCCAGAUUCGCUUGAUUCAUGUCAACUCUAGUCAAGCCCUGAAGUUCUCUGGGCGGCAGCUGCCAGACUGGGGCUUCCGGCAGCAUGAAAUAGUGACAGACAAGAUUAUUGACCAGGAGGACACUAUCUGGAAUGUGGAGGAACACCGCUAUGGCAAAACUGAAGACAAGAAAGAGCGAGAGAAAGACCUGCUGCGAUCAGAGAUGAUCCCACUGGAGCGAAGGAACCUCACCUAUUGGAGCAAACUGUAUGAGUUGCAGUACAAGAUGCUGUUCAACAACCAGGAGAAUGUUGCGGGACACAUGUAUGCCUCAGAGCCCCUCGACUGGCUCUUCCUGAAGCGAGGAGUUGCCUACUGGAUCUCAGCAAACAGUAAUGCUCAAGUUCACUUCCUUGGUAACAUUGUGGUCUGGUUGUCUGGCACCGUGGCCUUGCUGGGCUAUGUGGCUCUCUUUGUGGUCUACCUCCUGCGGCGACAGAGAUCAUGCUAUGAUCUCCCAGAGUCAGCAUGGAAUAAGUUCUGCACUGUAGGAGAGAUCCUGGGUAUUGGUUAUGCUGUCCACUACUUCCCAUACUUCCUGGUGGACAGAACACUUUUCCUACACCACUACAUGCCUGCCUAUGUGUUCAAGAUAUGUCUUCUGGCAGCCAUGGUGGAACACGGCCACUAUCUCCUCUCAGAGUACCUCCGGGCACCACGCUUGGCCCGAGCCUACCUGACAGGGGUUGGGUUGUGGGCGGCCUCUAUUUUGUAUGUAUUUUGGUUCUUCUCCCCUGUUACGUAUGGCACCCGUGACCUGACAGCCAACGAGGUGAUGAGUCUUGCAUGGAGAGACACCUGGGAUCUCAUCAUUCACAAGCAGUAGCAGCCUAGUUAUUGACAUUGUUGUGAAUCAGGCAUGAUAGAAAAUCUGUGGUGUUUGCAGGAAGGGAAGAGAUUAUUCAGGUUGUCCAGGACAUGUGGUGUUUGCAGAGAAUUAAUGAUUAUUCAGAUCACUAAGGCUGUGUGCAGUGAUGGUGACUGAAGUAUAAAGGAUCAGAUUCUCAUAAAUUAUACUUAAUCAGGAUGUGAAAUGUUUGUUGUAAGGUCUUCCUGUGUAAUGACUGCUAAAUUCUGUUAAUCAUGCAUUUUAGAGUUCAUGAAACAAGAUGCAGUAUGAAGGGAAGGGAAGAAAGUGCCUUGUUGAAUAUUUUCCCAGUUCUCGACCAUACUUGCCUUAUAUCACAGUUGUUGGUGUAAUGCUAUUGAAGUGACAAAAACACCAAGUUGGGAGGUUAUUGAAAUGUGUGAUGAGGAAGUUACUCAAGACAUUCCAGUUGUACACAUAUAUUUCAUAAGGUAUGCAGUUCUUUUAAGCAUGGACGUUUCUCAAACAAAAAUGUAAUCUCAUUAUUUAAGUGUUGUAAACUCAUUUAAAAUCUACCUUAUCUCAAAGAAGAUAUCUGUGAUGUAAUGAUAUUUAUAUGAGUGUUCCUGUCUGUCUAUUAUGUCUUCAUAGUGCAUCUAUCGUAUCUGUUUUGUUUGAUAAUUCAGAAUAUUUAUUUUCGCAAGUAUUUCCCUUUCUGUCAGUGUUCGUGUCUCCAAUUUAUUUUUUGGUUCUAAGGUGCAUUGGUGUUGUCUUGUUGGCUCCGUUGCUCUACAUUGUUGAAAAUACAAAAAAUGUAAUAAUGAUAAGUAUAAAUAAUACUGGUGAUGGGAGUAUAUGAUAUUCAGCUCUAAUUAUUUUUAUAUAUUUGUUACUUAUAUAAAUAAAUAAAUUAUUCAAUUUGAAA